AUGCAGGAGUACAAUGCGAAUAUCGACACACCAGAGGGCCAGGUCGAGUUUCAUCGCUUCCUAGUGAAUGUGGGUACCGGCGCCCAUGGGGCUUGGCAGGAGACCCCUCCCCAGAAGCGCGACCUGUACGAGCACGCAGCCGCCAACGACGAGCAGCGCUACCUGCGCGAGCAGCACGACUACAAGGGCUGGCAGCAGCACGCGCUCAACCUCCAGCGCCAGCUGGCGACCGACGGCGGGGGCCUGCCCGGCGGCAGCCCCGACCCUGGUGACGCGCUGGCCGCAGGCCCCCCCGCCAAGCGCCCGACGCCGUCGUCGGAGCCGGCACCGGGGACGAAUCCCCCGGGGGCCCAGGCCACCGUGGCCGUGACGUGCGGCGCGAUGCACGGCCGCCUGCACAUCGCCGACCAGCGUGUGGCGUGCGAGUGCCAGGCCUGCGAGUUGAAGCCGGAAGCGGAGCGCCUCAUGUCCUGCACCCAGUUCGAGGUGCACGCGGGCGCGGGGUCGGCCAAGAAGUGGAAGACCUCGCUCAAGGUGCCGCCGGGGGCGGAGCCGGAGGUGCGGGCCGGCGGCAACGGCAUGCCCAUCGGGCGCUGGCUGGACCUGCGCGGGUACGAGGCGGGACGCGCCGGGGCUCGACCCCGGCAGGAGGGGCAGGGCGCGGGCGGCGGCGCCGGGGCCUCCCCGGCCCAGCCCGCGACGGAGCGCCCGGUGCGGGCGGUGCAGCCGCGCCGUGCCGACUCGACCUCGGCCUCCUUCGGGUCGCGGGCGGGGGAGGCCGAGGAGGGCGGGCAGAGCGCGACGGCGGGGCAGUUUGUCAAAGCGGAGAGCGCCGCGCACGGCGGCGCGGCGGCGGCGGCGGCGGCGGCGGCAGGCAGCACGGCCACCAAGCCCAACCCUGCCGCGCAGCUCGCGGCCGCCGCCUGGACGGCGGGGAUGAAGCGGCCCCCAGGUCGCUGCCACGUGAUCCGGGUACGGUGGGCGGGGGAGCGCUGCGCGGUGUGCGACGCCGAUGCUGACACCGACUUUGACCAGCUGGUCUCCUGCGACGGCUGCGGGCUGACCUGGAUCGGGGAGCUGUCGGUGGGCGACAUGGCCAGCAUGAGCCCCGUGCUGGGCAUCGAGGCCAUCCAGCGCGAGCGCUGGGAGCUGACCUGUGGCGUGUGCCGCCAGCGCUGCGGCGCCAAGAUCCAGUGCCGCGCCUGCUACGCGGCCUACCACCCGCUCUGCGCGCGCGUGGCGGGGUACAGCAUGGAGGUGGUGGAGGCGGGGGCGGGGGAGGGCGUGGCCCUGGUCGAGCUGGUGCCGCUGGAGGAGGGCCUGCUGGAGGAAAUCACCUUCACCUGCGGCGGGCGGCACGCGGUGCUGGCCCUCAGAUCACAGCGUGUGCUGUACAACGGCCAGGAGAUGGCGCCCUCGCGCUUUGAGGUCAUGUGUGGCAAGCCGGACGCGAAGAAGUGGAAGAUGUCCUUCUGGCGCACCGACGCCGACGGCGAGCCCAUAGAGUCCAUGCACGACUGGCUGUCCCGCUAUGGCCUGGAUCGCAAGGCGCUGGAUGCCCUGGCCCGAAACUUUGCGGCACAUGAGGCGUACGAAUCCCAUGUUGCAGGCACAGUGGCUCUUGUGCUGGAGGACAUCCUGCUGUCCUUGGGAGCAUCCCCUUACGAUCCCAGUGACGAUGAUGAGGGAUCUGGCGGCAAGGAUGAAGCCAGCGGCGAUGAGGCUGGCGAGGAGGCGGCGGUCCACGACGAGGCCCAGGGGGAGCAGCCAAGGGCACCAGGGCAGGAGCUUAUCAGCGGCGUGGACGAGCCUGUGCCCCCAUUAGCCGCCACCCAGCAGUCUGCCGCGGCCGGCGAGGGUGAGGAGCCUGGUGUGAAUGAUGAAGCGGACGAGGAUGAGGAGACGGACGAGGAGGUCACCGAGGCACCGCUGGAGCCGGAGCGGGGUGCGCCGUCAGAGGAUCGCCCCGGCGCCCAUCACAUGGCUGAGAGCGGGGAUGAUGAGGGCCCUCAGUCGCCAGCGCACGAGGCAUCCCCGGCCGCGAGUGCGCAGGAGGGCGAGGACAGCGAGGGUACGCAGCCGUGCUCUCCUGUCUCGGGCCCCGGCACGAGCGCCGGUGCCACCUCCGCCGGCGCGAGGGCAUGGGAUGCCCUCGGCGAGCGUGGGGCAGGGGAGGAAAGCGCGGGCAUGGACGUGACGGUCCAGGGCAUCGAGGCGGAUGCUUUCCCGGGCGAGCCCCCGGCCGAGGCCAAGCUGGACCCCGGAACCCUGGUCCCAUCCGCGCCCGUCAUUCUUGCCGGUAUGUGGGUGCGGGUUUACUGGCCGGAUGACAGGGAGUGGUACCUUGGUCAGGUGGUCGGGGAGGAUCCUGCCAACCCAGCUUCUCAUCGCGUGCUCUACAAGCUGGACGGAGAGGAGGAGAGCCUGGACCUGCGUGCGGAGGCCGCCGCAGAUCGGCUGCAGGUGGUCUGCCGCGGCCUGCAGGGCACCUUCUUCCCGCAGCGCCUGGUGGUCCGGCUGGCCAAUGGCACGGAGGUCUCGCCCACCGAGUUCGAGCGCCUGGCGGGGCGCGGCGCGGCCAAGAAGUGGAAGUCCACCAUCCGCGUCGACCGCGGCGGCGGCCAGCCGGGCCUGACCGUCCAGGACUGGCUGGCCUACCUCCGCGCGCUGCCACACCUGGUCUCCUGCGGCGGGCUCAGCCACAAGAUGCACGAAGUGCCGCUGUCGCGGUGCUGGACGCCCGAGGACUGGGCCGGACACCGCGUGCGGCAGGCGCUGUGGGACCGCAAGGAGGGCAGGGCGCCGGGCGGGGGCGCGGACGUGUUGAUCCCGGGCACCACCACGGCCGUCGUGAGCGGCGGCGGGGGGGGGGUGGUCCUGGACGCACCCUCAGCCCCCAUCUCGCUGGGCUCCCUUGUGGCCCCGGCGCGCGCCCUGAGCCUGAAGGAGCGCCUGGAGAUCUGCGACAGGACCGAGGGUGCACGGCUGGCGUUUGGCAAGUCCGGCAUCCAUGGCUGGGGCAUGUUUGCCAAGGUUCCCAUCAAGCAGGACAGCAUGGUCAUCGAGUACAGGGGCGACCUCGUGCGCCAGCCCCUGGCAGACCUGAGGGAAGCGCAGUACAGGGCCAACGGCAAGGACUGCUACCUCUUCAAUCUGGACGACGCCAUUGUCAUAGACGCCACCAUGUGCGGCAACUGGGCACGCUUCACGAAUCAUUCCUGCAACCCCAGCACCUACACCAAGAUCCUGAACAUCGACGACCAGCCACGCCUCGUCUUCUUUGCCCGAUUUGAUAUCCAGUUGGGGCAGGAGGUGACGUACAACUACAGGUUCAAGAGGGGGGAGGGCGAGGAGCAGCUGCCCUGCUACUGCGGAGCCCCCAACUGCACCGGAUUCCUGAACUGA